AUGUCAGACACAUGCAUCGUCUGCCUGGGAGACUUGAGCAACGGUGCCGGUGAUAUACCAGCUUCUCCGACCGUUGCCAAGUCUCCGUCACCGAGUGAUAUCGGCGGCGUUUCGAAGACAUCCUACCACUUACAUGGCGACAACGCCACGCAGCCGGGCGAAAAGAGCAGUGAAGAACUAAUUGCGCACCUGCGACCUUGCGGGCAUUACCUUCACAAUGAAUGUCUUAUGCCAUGGGUGGAGAGGGCCAACAGCUGUCCCAUCUGUCGCGCCAGCUUCCACCUCGUUGAACUUAUGCAUACAACUAAUGGCGACGUUAUAUCAUCAUACCCUGUCGAAGAGCGUACACAGGUCCCCGAGUUAGAUCCUUCCAUGUUCCUCGAGAUUCCGGAGGAAGACGACGACGAGCAGCCAUGUCAGGCUUGCGGAGAAGACGACAAUGAAGAUGUACUGAUGUACUGUGAUGGCUGCCAAAAGCUGUGGCACACAUAUUGCGUGAACCUGCAGGAGGUACCCUAUGGCCACUGGUUUUGUGACAACUGCAGAGCACAGCGUGAGGUGGACCCUCGGCUCCAGGGCAAUGCUCGCUCUGGCCGUUUGUCCCGUCGGCGUACUCGAGGCCAACAGCGGCGGCAGCGUGGACACGACAUGAGUUGGAAUCAGGUGUGGCAAUCAGUCUGGUCACGGAUUAACCUCGAUCUUGAUUUCCCUUAUGAAGAUGACGACUCGUCCGCCACAUAUUUGAGACGUCACCGUCAGCGCAACCAGGCUAAUCGACAAGCUCAUGACGCAUGGAUGCGCCGUAUGCAGGUCGCGGAACUUCACGGAGCCGGGAAUCGGUUUAGGGAGACUGAACCUACUGCUCCCCGGAGUCCAGGCAGAGGUUUCACACCCAGGACUCGACGCACGCGACCUUCGCCCGCCCCUGCGGUCGAGAAUGCGGAUGAAAUCAUGGCGUGGCACGCUUUCGAGCAAGCACGUGCUACUUCAAACGAAUCUGGCUCGUCACACAAGAGGAAAAAACAAUCCGGGACGUCGUCCCCAGCUGAGCCCGAGCAUGAAGCUGCGCUAGUGAUCAAGCGGAGGAGAUCAAAUGUUCCCGUCCGCUCUGUCUCCGAAAAUGGCACGUCGAUUGCUACCAGUUCCAUAGCCCGUCAGUCACGUCAGUCGUCCCGCUUGGGUAGCCCUAUGCCUAGCCGCCAGACUGCUCUCGAGUCCGGGGCCCCAAGCUUCUUACAGUCGUUAUUGCAAGAAGUAGAAGAGUCUGGGUCUAGUACGCACAGCAUGCACCUCCAUCGACCUUCACCUCGCCCUGCGGGUAGUCCACCAGCCGAACACUUUUCACCACAGCCGUCUUCGCCAGCUUUAUCUCCCCUACCCUCCAAUCAUUCUUCGCCACGAGCUAUGUCGGCAACGCCGCCCCCUCUGGCUGCUCUGAGACCCGGUUCGCCUACAGGCUUGACGUCAAGUAUUCAGCCUGUUUUUCCUUCCACCGAGUACUCCCCACUGCGGCCCAAUUCUCCAGAUUCUGGAGGUUCGAACUCCGGAGACGCGCCUGCUACGCGUCCUAAUGCAGAGAAUGCUGCAAGGUCAGGUACUGCUGCACCCAUGCGCCUGAUGCAUCCUAGACCACGAAGCCGCAUUCCCCAGAUCCUGGAAAACCCGUCAAGUCCAGUCACUCAACCACGGUCGACGGAUGCCUCACCAACUCGAGCAAAUAUGUCCUUGAACGCAAAGGCUGACGUGCAGAGGCUUGUGGCGACUGCCUUGAAACCGCACUACCAUGAUCAAACCAUUACGAAGGACGAAUACACGAUUAUCAACCGCGAAAUCUCCCGGAUGCUCUACGACAGAAUCGGAGAUUUUGAGGCGCUUGACCGCGAUGGCAAGGCGAAGUGGGAGAAGGUGGCAGGUGAUGAGGUCAACAAGGCUGUUCAUGCGCUCAAGGCCCAUGACUGA